AUUGGCGUUAAUACGGGACCACGAUCCGGUUCGCUAAUAAAACAACCGCCGGGUAACGAUCCAAGUGAAAAACGAUACACGGUUUUCGAAUCGCUCGGUCGACCUCGUGGCUGUCAUCCCUCCGCGAUCCUUCCUUCGCGUCGAGCGCCGUCCAAGGAUGAUCCGACUCGAAACACGUGCCGCCUGCUGACGACGAUACACAUACUCUGUGUAGUCCAUAGAACGAGAGAUCUACCACCAACGACCAACCUCUGCCAUCGCAUACCACCAACGGAAGAACAUCUGUCCCGUCUACCAUGAUCUAUUCACGCAUCGAGCCAUUUCGAUCUAUACGUUCGACGAACAUCAAACAGCUCGCACUGUUUUGCUCUCUAUUCGGAUUUCUCGAGCUGUCCAACGCUUUGCCACGAGGCGCGACCAAUUACGAAGACAUGUCCUUCUGGCUGCGAUCCGGUCAAAAGAAUCUACUGAGAAAUCUGGCUUAUCGAAACAACGAGAAUCGCGCGAAGAAUAUUAUUAUCUUCAUCGGAGAUGGCAUGGGAAUAUCGACGAUCACGGCCGGUCGUAUAUACAAAGGACAGAUGAAGGGUACCGCCGGUGAGGAAUACAAAUUGGCUUUCGAAAAAUUCCCCCUCUUCUACGUGACGUACAACACCGACAAGCAAGUGCCCGAUUCCGCCGGAACAGCCACCGCGAUAUUUUCCGGCGUGAAGUGUCGUUUCAAGGUUAUCGGAUUGGACACCAAAGCUUCCUACAAUCAUUGCGACCAAGGCAUCGAUCAAGCGAGCAAAGUGACCACGAUCGCCGAUUGGGCGCAACAGACUGGCAUGGACACCGGAUUCGUAACGACCACCCGGAUCACGCAUGCCACUCCGGCCGGAUUGUACGCUCAUACCAACAAUCGCGAUUGGGAAUGCGAUACCUCGAUACCGAACCGAUACAAAGGUUGCGUAAAGGAUAUAGCCAGACAACUGAUCGAAGACGCCCCAGGAAACAACUUUCAGGUGAUGAUGGGUGGCGGAGCGCAACACUUGGGCUUACCAAUAGAACCGAUAGACAACGAUACGUGCGUCAGGGGGGACGGGACAAACUUGGCGGAAGUAUGGGCGAGAAAUAAUCCCGAGGGAAAGGUAGUAACUAACGCGGAUCAACUUUUCUCUAUCGAUAUCGCCAACACGUCCAAACUGCUCGGAGUUUUCGCCGCUAGUCAUCUUCCUUAUCACGCUCUCAAGACGGAUCGAACACCCAGUUUAGCCAACAUGACCACGCAAGCGAUUCGAUUGCUUCGAAAGAAUAACAACGGCUUCUUCUUAAUGGUAGAGAGUGGGAAAAUCGACAUAGCCCACCAUCAUAAUUAUGCAAAGUUAGCGUUGCGAGAAUUGUCCGAGCUGGAAGACGCGAUAUUGGCUGCUCUGCAACAAGUCAAGCUUGAAGAAACCCUGAUGAUCGUAACUGCUGAUCACUCGCAUUCGUUCACCAUGAAUGGUUAUCCGGGCAGAGGGAACGAUAUUCUUGGUUUCGCCAACAAUCCAACCGUGCCAAACGACGCAGAGUUCUACGAAACGCUUAGUUACGCCAACGGGCCAGGUUUCCUCCACCACAGGCGAAACGACAGUAACAACGUGAACGAAACGUGGAAUCCCGUCGACCAAGACCAGACCCGCGGUCAACCGUUCUACACCCAUAUGGCUGGCAUGUACUUGAAAGACGAAACACACGGAGGCGAAGACGUCGGUGUCUAUGCGAUAGGUCCGUACUCCCAUUUGAUUCGUGGUACAUUUGAACAAAAUUACAUCGCUCACGUAGUAGCGUAUGCGGCCUGCUUCAAAGACUGGCCUUCUCACUGCGACAACGUUCACAAUCGCUACUUCUACGAGCUGACCAACUCCGUCGAUCGAUCAACCGCUUCUACUCCAUCCGCUCUUCUCCUCUCCCUUUUCACGCUUGUGCUUCUUUUGACUCUCCUACAGAACAAUUAAUCCUCUUCUCCCUUCAUUUCCAAAACGGUACAAAAACCAGAAACGGUGUACAGUAUGGUACAGUAUGGUACAGUGUGAUAAUGUCA